AUGUACUUCAAAAUGCACUUUUUCAUGUUUAUGACUCUGUGUUUGUUCGGCCAUGCCCGUGCCGAAUGUCCAAUCGACACGUUUACACAGGAAACAACUUCCAGUUCUGCUAAGGUCUGUCUGGAGACCUACACUCCAGAGUGUGGAAAUUUGACAUCACUUUUCAUCAAUGAACAAGACAUAGAAACCUUUGAACAAGAUGGAUGUACUGUGUUAAAAUGUCCUGCAGGCGAAAGACCGUGGUUUAUGUCAUCGUUCGAAAACAGUGAAUUUCCAAAACCUACUGCUGAAAAGCCAAGUAAUAAUAACGCCAUUGACAUCAACGCACCACGUUCAACAGAACAUGUGGAACAAACGUUUAGUCAAUUUGGAAUUGAAUGUGAUGGCGAUAAGUGGAAGGCCACCAAAUAUCCAUUGGGAAUUCAUUAUCUGACUACAGAUUAUGAAACAAUUAAUCUUGGCAUUGAUGGCUUAUAUGACGGAAUGAAAUCUGAAGUAAUUAACAUGGCCUGUAUUGGCUCAGAUCUACCAGGAGAAUAAAUAUCCCUUUAAACUGAACAAUGAUAAAUCAAUGUUGUUUCAUAAUAAAACAUGCUUUUUUGAAA